AUGUCGGGCAGGAGGGAGGAGGUGGCAUGCUCGAGCGUGGAGGAGGUGGUGGAGGGCGGGAGAGGGAUUGGAUAUCCCAUCCUCCUACGGGGAAGAGGGGGCAGAGAUGCAGGUCGAGUCAUCGAUGACUGGAGAAGUGCCGCGUCGGAGGAGGAGGCCAGAAGCAUCGCCAAGUUCAUGUUCGCACAACACAAGUUGCUGCUGCCUGUCCGCAAGAAGAGGCUCGAGAUGAUGAUGAAACGACAAGCGCAGAAGAAGCUGAGCGAGUACGAGCUGCAUGAAGUGAGAGAUGAGAUCAAAAGUCUCUCUCUUGCCAUUGAAAGUCUCAAGAUCUUCGUUUCUUCAAGCAGCAUGAAAGCCAAGGCGAUUCGAGAAUAUCGCGGAAGCAGUCUGUGGGAUCCGAAUCUCUGCCAGUCUUACAUGCCAUGCGACAAUGCGACUUUGCUGCUCCGAGCGGCCUACACUGCUGACUCGGAAUCCAUCUCCAACUUCCCGGUCGCGGUGGAGCUAUGGCAGGACCACCUGGAGCGGCAGGAGCAGCCGAGGAAGCUUGCUCCUCUGAUCGAGAGGGUCGAGUACGACCUGAUGGAGCUGAGAGGAGUAGAAAGCAAGGAAGAGAUUCAGCAGCUUAAGAUCGCAAGGCUAGAAAGCGAACUAGAAACGCUCAAGAGGGAACAGGAGGUACUUGAAGCCGACUCAGCGCUAUCAGUGAGAGAGAUUGAAGAUAUGAAGCAGAAACAAUUCAAAUUCCCUCGACAAGACGUGGAAGAGGAUUUAGAUAUCGACAGAAAGCUGCAGGAGAUCGAGGACGAUCAGACCUUGUCCCAAGGACGAAAGCGCGUCGCCAAGGCAAAACUCCUGCAAGAAAAGUCAGACCAUGAAGACAAACAGAGGCAUCCGGCUUCAAGACAGACAAGCUCGCUGAUCAAUGAGUGGAACAAUCAAUACCUGAGGUGGAUGCCUGUACAACUGAGCGCUUCUACGGGAGAUGCUUCCAGCUUCUCUCGCCUGCUGGACCUCGGAGCUUACAUUGCAACCGAUGAGCUUCUGAGGAAGAAGCAGCUGAAAGAGGAGAACAUCGGGAAGCUCUGCCGUGAGAACCAGAUCUCUGAAUCGAGAAUAAGGUCGUUGCAAUCGGACAUUGCUGCAGUCCAGGAACAGAUAGACAAAAAUGAAAGGUCGAUAGCAUCUCCCAACCUCUCUCCGGCAGAAUUCAGCCAACUCCAGUCUGAGCUCAGAAUAGGCCGGGAAAGGCUCUUGUCCUUGCAAAGAGAUCUUGCGAGCAUCCAGGAAUCAGUUGAAGAGAAGGCAAACGAGGCGAUCAUUUCUCCGUGUCUGCUCUUCAUGUUGCUUGUCAGUAUGGUCACGAGGGGAUAG